AUGACCUCUCGUACGACGCGCUCUGGCGCGAGCUAUGCCGAAUUCACGGAUGCUCUCCCCUGCGCGACCGACCUUCCUUUCGAGCGCCUUAUGCGCAGCGCCUGUCGGCUGAGCGCCAUGAUCGACGCCCGCAACGAAGGCGACGCUUCCUAUGGCUGGUCUCCGACUGAGCCGCUCACGCCACUCGAUUCGGACGACGACGCGCCGCCCAACGAACCGCAAACGCGCCGGACGGCAGAUGUGCGCGAGGUUCUCGACGCCGUCUGCGGCCUUUUGGAGGAUGUCGAGUUGUGCGAGGCUGAGCGCCAGGUCUGGGUGGCGAGUACGAGCGCGGCCGGGGCGGGCGGUGAUGGGCAACAGGAGGGUCGCGCCAGUCCUCGAGCUGAUAUUGCCCCUUCGCCGCCGUCGACUCCGCAUACGGCCCCUUCGCCGCCCGACAAUGCGCGCCCGAGCUCGUCCCGGAUGCCGACAGAAGAGCGGCGUGGACGCGGUGCGCGUCGUGGCCAAACUCAUCCCCACGAGCCUCGUUUCCGCUCGUGCUCUGCUGGCGCGACUUCUCCUCGACGAGCGGAGUACCGCCCGCCCCCUCGACAGCCCCCUGCACAAUCCCCAGCCGCCUCCCUGCCGCAACACCCUCCAUCUACCCACCGUGCUGCGUCAGUCUGCGACGAGAGUACGCAGCAAUCUGCCGAAUCAGACUCUGAGCCCGAACCACAGCCCGAUGCGCCUGCCUCAAGUGGUGCGAAGCGCAAGCGCGGCAACAAGAAAGCAAGCCGUCAAAGGAAGCGCGCCAAGGGUGAUUGUGGGGCGCAGGCAGUGCAGGCGGACGGCGCGGAUGGUCGAGACGGCUGUAGCGAAGACGGCGGCAGAGCUCCUAAGCAGAAGAGUGCGAAGGAGAAAGCGUACAAGCAACGACGCAAGGCGCUCAAGCGUGCUCAGGCUCGCGCCGACGCUGCCCGCGCCAAACCGUACGACAAGCUUCACAACGACAACAAGUACUACGCCCGCCCUCGCACGGUCAAGCUCGUGAACCUCAAGACGUUCGAGGUUCGCUACGCCACCCAACGAGGCGGAUACAACUCGUUUUCAUAUAAGGACAAGAAGGUGUAUACCGUGCAAGAGUUGAAGAAGCGCGGCUUCAAAGAGCUGCCUUGGGACGGCAAUGACACCAUCGCUAUCCUCGACAAUAAGAACCGCCUAAUCUGUGUUCUACUCGGCCCUCCCAAACACCUCGCUCAAGAAGAGAAGCUGAGUUGGGAGAAAUCGAUGGUGGAACUCGCCAAGACGCUUGAACGGGCCCGUGCACAGCACGCCGACGCCUUUGCGGAAGACGGCAAGCAUUUCAACCAUGAUCGUGGCGUGUUUGCUGCAUUCGCGACGGGAUUUACAGCCAGCAAUGGCAAAACGGGGCCUUCGAACUUGACGUAUGCGCACACAGGGCAUCGCGCCGUCGCCGAAGAGCUCCUCAAGGACGGCAAUAUGCGGCGCGUCGCUGCCUUUGCUAGUGAAGCGCUUGCAUACUAUUUCCCGUUGGUGUACAAACACCUUCGCGAACGCCUUCGGGCGCUGUGCGAAGUGCACCCCGAACUCCGCUUCCCGUUCGAGGGCCUUAGCAUUUACCCCACCGUCACCUUCAACCUCGGUCCUGUCUCCGUCACUUACGGUCACAACGACGGCACCAACUAUGCGGGUAUACCGUGCAGUAUCACGGCACUCGGAUCUUUCAAGGCCGAAGAGGGUGGCCACCUCGUUCUGUUCGACCUCCGCCUGUACAUCAAGUUUCCGGCUGGGCGAACCAUCCUCCUAUCGUCGGCAGGCCUCCGACACGGCAAUACGCAGCUGGCACCUGGUGAUAAGAGGUACAGCGUCACGCAGUACUGCCAGGGGAGUCUGAUCCGAUGGGUGGCCUACGGCUUCCGCAAGUCGGGGGAUUUUACGGAGGCUGAGAAGAACGAGAUGGACGAGGCUGCCAGUGAGGGUUGGGCAGCUCAGUUAGGCAGAUUCUCGACUUGGAAGAGCCUCCCAGAGGAUAGGAAAGCAGUCGUUGACUGGGAGAGAGGGCAGCAGUUGGGUGGUAGCUAG